AUGGUUUUAGCCAAAAUUGAUAUAGACCUAACUUUGGGUACAACUACACAAAAGAGGCAUUACCGCCAUUUUUUUUUGAAUUCGGGCUCUACUAAGCUCCAAGAAGAUGUGGAUUCCACUAAAAUAACUUCCUAUGAUUAUUCAAACACAAUCACUGUCAAUAAAGAUACAGACUACGUUUUAAACUACAUGAUUUUGAAUGACUAUACUGCAAUCGGGUUGUCUCUAUUAAACACAGCCAUUGAUACACCUGCAUUAAUUAUUCAUUUGCCUGAUUUCAUAUUUGAUCGUAGUUUACAUAAUAUAUCCAUUAGAGUUGCUGAUAAUGGUGGAAAACAGUAUAUUUUGAUCGAAACAAUUUUGCAGUCUAAUAGGAUUAUUUAUGCCAAUUUACCCUUGAACAUGCAAUUUUCUUUACAAGAAGAAAGUAUAUCUAAUUUUUGUCAGAUUUUUUAUCCAUAUGAUUUCCAAAUUAGACAGCCUAUUUCAAUUAAUUGUGUUAGUGACGAUUUAACCAUUGUUACUUUAAAGGAUGGCGGUUUGUUAAGUUUGAUUAAGCAUUAUAGUGUUAAAGGCGGUCCCAAUUUUGAGUACGAAACUAUUUUAUUCAAUGACAAUACAUAUUUACAUUCCUUGACUGAAAAAUUCUUUUUUUUCAAAAAGAAUAAACAUAAUAAUGGUAACAGUAUCGCUAAUAGUGCGAACAGCCGUACUGGUAAACUGGAGAAUUUUUUGAAUGAUAAUUGUAUUGUUAGUAUGUCAUACUUACAUGGUUGUGAAAAAUUACUUACAUUGAGCGCCUCGUUAGAAUUGAAAGUUUGGGAUAUGAAGCAUAAUAGAAAUGUCUUAAUUUUACAAGAAAAAUUGAUUUCUAUUGAUACAAAAAACAACGGGGAUUCUAUGUUUGUAAACUUGGGCACGUAUUUAUGCUGUUUGGAAAGUAAAGACCAGAAUAAUUUGGUGUAUUUGCUAGUGUACUUGCCUAUUAGAAAUGGUGUUUUCCAACUUUAUCAACUGUCUGGUGUGGAAAAUGAUAAAGUUAGUAUGGACUUGUAUAAAGAAAUCGAUUCGACGAUGGAUAAUAAAUCUACUUGGUCAUUAAUAGAUUUGAGGUUGAAAUACUUGCUUGACUCCAACACCAAUAAUAACAUUGAAAAUCUAGAGUUUUAUGUUUUAUGGAAGAAUAAUACUAGUUGCAAGUUGGAAUUAUGGAAUAAUAAUAACGAAUGGAUUAAAUCAAUAUCAAAUAAAACAAUUGUAGAUACGUUUUCUCCAUUAGGUUUUACUAGUAUUAAUUAUAAUAACGAUAUUAGGACUGCUUUGUUGAAUUUGAAGGCUCAAUAUGGUACUUAUUUAUUUAAUUAUGCAUCCAAUGAAAUCUAUAAUGAUGAUGAUGAUGAUGAUGAUGAUGAUGAUAAUAAUAAUACUAAUAGUAAUAAUAAUAAUAAUAACAACAACAACAACGAUGAACGCAUUAUUCAAUUAGAGUCCUUGUUGAAGCAACUGAAACGAGUUAUAUUUGAGCCAUCUUCUUUAGCAUUUUAUUCAAACGAUAUUCCCAUUAUUAAUAAUUUAUCUGAUUUCCCAUAUUUUUCUGUUUACAAAUGGGAUUCUAUUAAUGUUAAAGAUGAUCAACUAACUAAUUAUCUAGGGAUUGUGCAAAAUUUUAUAAAAAUUUUGCCGUUCAAUGAAAUUUGCCAGACAAUUUCUAAAGAUUUUAUUGCUAUGGUCCAAAACGAUACGCCGAUAAGCUCCGGCUUUGACGAUUUGGUGGUUAGAAGAGAUUUAAAAAAAUAUGUUAAUCAGGGUGCCUUGGACCGGUUUGUUAAUGAAUUGAGUAAAAUUGAUGAUUUCAUUUCGGUUUUAAACAAUUUAAUAGAGAAUUACAUACACAAUACUACACAAACAAGAGCUGGGCUGAUUAGUAGUAUUUUGCCCAACACUUUGGAUACCUCUUUAAUUUUGGAAUCAUUAAAUCGCUCAGUUAUUCAGUUAAACGAGUUAAUUUUGAAAAUAUUAUUCACUUUUACAGUUUUGGAAUUUGAUUACAACUUGUUAAAGUCGCAUAUUGGAAAAUUAUUGAAAAUGCAUUAUAUGACAGAAUUAUGGUUAACUUUGUAUAAACUAGACAAAAGUGAGUUAAUUAUGGUGUUAUUUCAUCAGUACAGUCAAUAUGGUCAUGGAUUUGUUAUUAAUAACGGUAUGGACUCCUUAAUUAAUAUUACUGAGUAUCUGUUUUCUCAACUUAUUGACUAUUCCAAUUUUGAACCUGUUUUUUAUAAAUUAUAUUGCAAAAAACUAUCAUCUGGUAAUAAUACUGUGACAAAAACGAAUGAAGCUUUAGAUUUCAAUUAUUUUGUUGGCACGCCAUUUAGUUUGAAUAAUUCUAUGGCACAACAAUACUUGUUGGGGUUAUUGCAGUAUAAAUGUGCAAAUUAUGACCAAUGCUAUGAAAUUAUGACAACUAAGAAUAAAACAUUGUGUGAAUUUAAAUUGCCAUCUAUUAUAUCAAGAAAUUUGCCAGCAUGGAGCAAAUCUUUAAUUGGUAGUAGUGGUAAUGCCUCUAAGUUCAAGGAUUCUAUAUUUUUUUAUGAAUUAUCGUUAUUAUUUUAUAAAGCCUCGAACUAUACCAAUUCAUUAAAAUGUAUUAAGAAGUCUAUAGCAAUAAGUUCACUUAAAGAGAUUGAACAAGAACAAGGGGAAACUAAAUCGAAUGCUCCAGCAAACUUCAAAAAGAAUCAAAUAAAACAUUAUAUCGAUGUUUUGAGUAUAUUUGAUAAUUUUAAGGAGAUUAUGGAUGUUUUAAUUCUAAAUUCAAACGAUUAUACUGCUAUUGAUGACGAUUCAAGAUACAAGUAUUAUGAAAAACUGCUAUUGAACCACGAUCUGUUUUAUCAAACUAUUAUUGAUUUGAGUUUAUCUGAUGAAUUGAUACUACCCUUGAAAGAUUAUAACAUGAUCGACAACUUGUUGCUUUUAACUAAAGAUAGGAACUGUAAUUUGCUGUUAACAAACACAGGAGAAAUUACAGGUACCAAUACCAAGUUCCAAGAUUAUUUAAAAGUGUUUAAUUUUAGAUUGAGCAACGAAAAUACGAGAAAGGCUGUUGAAAUUAUGUAUGAAUAUUAUCAAAUGGGUGAUGAAAGUAAUAGUGAGUACAGAGAAAAUGCACGUACUUUAAUUGUUAAUAUAUUGUCCAGUUAUAAAAACGAGAAAGAUAGAUGGUUUUUGGAUUCAAAGGGUCAAAUUAUCCUUUUAAAAGAUUUGUGA